AUGUCCGGUUAUGUCAGUGGAAAUACGACUGCACGUGACUACUUGAUUUUUAUAUUUUUCAGCAGCGUUGCCCGCCUUGUGCUACCCAAGUGCAUCUGGGGACCCGAACGUGACGGGGAUAUUGGAAGUGAAGGACCAAAGACUCUGGGAGCAAAACUGCACGCGAGAGGGGCGGGGCCGUCGGAGGCGGGGCCGUCGGAGGCGGGGCCGUCGGAGGUGGGGCCGUCGGAGGCGGGGCCGUCGGAGGCGGGGCCGUCGGAGGCGGGGCCGUCGGAGGCGGGGCCGUCGGAGGCGGGGCCGUCGGAGGCGGGGCCGUCGGAGGCGGGGCCGUCGGAGGCGGGGGCGGGAACGCACGUGGGCGGAGGGAGGGGGAACUGGGCGGGGCUUGGCGCGCCUCCGAACACGCCGGAGCCGCUGUUCACAGGACCGGUGCUGAAUCGCGCCGAGACCGUCUCCUCAGAGACCGCCCGGGUCCCGGCGGAGAGGCGCGGGCCUUCACGGAAGCCUCCCCAGCCACCAGCGGCGGUGCCAGGCGGGGCCGGUUGUGCCUCUCGUGGCUGUGGUUCCCGCCCGCGACCGCGCGCCCGCGGCUCCGGGGGCGCAACCGGGGCCCGAGGUGGCCGCGCUGCCCGCUGCCUCAGCUGCCGGCCGCCGUGGCCCUCGCCGCUCGGGAAAGCGCGGGCUCGGGCGGCCGCCGAGGAACCCUGCGCUGCGCGGGCUGCGGCCGCUCUGCCCGUGGCUGCCGAGGGGCCGUGGGGCCGUGGGGCCGUCCCGCCGUCCGCGCCGCCGUCCGAGCUGCAGGCGCAGCUCUCGGGAGUGGAGCCGCUGCUGGAGGAGUUCCGCCGGCUGCUGCAGCAGGAGCGGCCGCAGGAGGAGCAGGAGCGGGAGCUGCGCGCGGGCGUCUGGCUCCCGGAGGAGGGCUGCCCAGGCCGGGGCGGCGGCGGCUACAGCGCCACGCCGGACGCCAUCAUCCGCACCAAGGACUCCGCGGCGGCCGGCGCCCGCUUCCUGAGCCCGCCGGCAACCAUGGGGGACUGGCGGCCGUGCGGGGCGGCCUGCUGCUCGGAGCCGCGCUACUCUAUGGCCGUGGUGGAGCUGCCUCGGCGGCCCGCGUCGCCCGCCGCCGCCGCCGCGCUUGGCUGCUGCCUCGUCAACUGCACCGCACGUGGCCGCAGCGUCUGCAAGUUCGCGCUGCACCGGGGCUAUAGCAGCUGCAGCCUCUGCCGCGCUUUUACCGCCGGCGGGGAGACCGGGGAGCCUCACGGCACACGGGUGAGCACUCCGCUGGAGGAGGCCGGGCCAGACCUCCAGGUCCUGCUGCCCUGGCACCUGUUGAGUGGCGCCCAGGAGGAGACCACUUGGGCAGUACACUUUGGCAGUAGAGCCAAGUGAGAGACGAAGCAUCCUCCUUUCAAGGGAUUUUUAGUUCGGGGCCAUCCAGAGGAGUGGCUUUGACUGUGAUGAGGGAGCAGGAGGCUGGCUGAGGACAAAGCAAAAGCUGGCACCUUGCACCCCUUCUCCACCCGCUCCCCUCAGUAAUAUGUGUGACAUUCCUCAGGCACCCCUGGCUGCCCUAAAAGAAAAACAAAUAGUUAACUUGCAGAGAUCACAAUCCUGCAAACAGGAGUUUCCCUUGGUUCACAAGUGUCCUAGAGAUUCACAACAAAGAAGCUCUCUUAACAAUAGCACAAUUUCCAGAGGCAAAUAACUCAGUU